AUGUUGAUGGUUUCCAUACCAGGAUCCUGUGAAAAACUGAAACCAAUGACAGAGAUAUUUCCCUCUAACGGUGAUACCUUUUUGCAUCUCACAGUUCGUGCGAAAAAAGUCUCUAUUCCUUUACGUGGAUUUGGUAAAGGUGCGGUGUUUACAUACAUGGGUCGUCUCUAUGAGUAUGGGGGUGUUUCCUCUAUUCCUGGUCCUAUUGUUCACAUUAGGGCUGGAGGGAGACUCUUUUUAACUUUAUAUAACGACUUGGGUGAACAAAUGUACGAAGAAACAAUGGAAAGCAUGUAUAAUUAUCAUGGUGUUAACGAAACAAAUGUUCAUUUCCAUGGAAUUCAUGCAGAUCCGAAUGAAGAUGAUGUUUUUAAAACCGCAACUCCUGGACGUUCUUUAAAGUAUAAACUUCAUAUACCAAAAGAACAUCUUCCUGGAUUACAUUGGUAUCACACACAUGCGCAUGGUUCAUCAUAUUUAUUACUUAUGGGUGGUUUAUUUGGACCAUUAAUUGUUGAUGAUACAACAAAUCAACCACUUUCAUCAUUACCAUCUAUUGUAUUAAUGAUUCACAUGUAUCGUUUGGGAACAUCUACUUUAUGUGAUGGAAGUCCAAUGCAAACUGUGGAUAUAGCUAUUAAAAAUAAUAUGUCCUCAAAUCCAACUAUAAAAGAUAAUCUUGGUAAAGAAUUGAAAUUACCAUCUGAUUUGUUUUUUGUAAAUGGACAACAUAAACCUAUUGUAGAAAUUGUAAAAGGACAAUCCACAAUUCUUCGUUUAGCUUUUGCUGCUGGAUCUUGUCAUUUGAAUAUUAGUCUUCCUAAAGAGUGUGAAUUUCAUCUUUCAGCCAUUGAUGGAAUUCCAUUAAAUGUUUCACGUGAACUGAAAGAACGUUGGCUUUACUUUACAACUGCAACUCGCUAUGAUGUGAUAACACUAUGUGUAGAAAAGCCUAAAGAGGAACUUCCUAUUGUUUUUAAUGAGGCAAAUGAGACAAUUUUAUUUAUUAAAGUUGUAUCACCUGUAGAAGGUCAAAAAGGAAAACAUCAAAAACUAACUUUUCCUCUACAUUCUCAUUAUAAUCAAGUGAAAUAUUUACGAAUAGAUGAACCAACCGUUUUACGAGAUAUUUCAUUUUCACAAAUGGGAAUUCCAUCACCAAAGCCAUACUAUGUUAUUGGACAAGGUACAAACUGUACAUCUCUUGAAAAUUCCACCACAUGUUAUCAUGAACAUUUUUCAGGACGGAAAGGUAAUCAUAUGUGUCAAUACAACGGUUUUGUUAUUCCUUUAAAUGCUGUGGUGGAAGCCCGUGUAUUUGGUGAUCCUACGGAUGAUAUCCCCCAUCCACUUCAUCUACAUGUGAAUCAUUUCGUCUUUGUCCGUUUUACCCCACGUAAAGGUGGACAACAUGAAAAUACAUCCAUGAUGAAUUAUGGUAUUUAUCCUGGAGAAGUGCGGGAUACUAUUCCUAUUCUCGAUGGAGAAACUAUUAUUCGCUGGCGGGCGGCGACUUUUACUGGGGAGGUGGUCUAUCAUUGCCAUGUGUUAACACAUGAAGAUCAAGGCAUGAUGACAUCUUAUCUUGUUAUUAAUGAGAAUAUAGGUAAUAAUAGAAGGAAGGAGAAAAUGGGAGGAAAAGAAGAAGAAAAAGAAGAAAAAGAAGAAGUGGAGAAUAAAAAGAUGAUUUCAACAAAACCGGGUGUUGUUGAUGAUUUAGAGAGUAUAUUUUAUUUUGGUGGGUUGAAGAGAAAAGAAUUGAUUUUUCUCGUACUCUCCGUUAUGUUUUUUCUUGCUGCUUUCAUUGCUGCUCUUAUUAGAUGGUUUAGAAAGAAUCCUCCUGAAUUCGGGCAGUGGGUGCGCAGACGGAAGGAUGAUGUGCUGACGAGAUUACACAAUAGUGUAAAUGCAAAUGAAAUGGAACGGACACCUUUGAUGGGAAGUGCUUAG